AUGAAGUUCAGUCCUUUCUACGCCCUGUUGACGGGCUCUGUUGUCUUGGCUCAAUUUGACUAUCAAGAACUUCGUACCGACUACUGCGUAACAUCAGAACCUACCACCCCUCUACCUUAUGGUGCUCCCUGGGGUCUCAAGACCGCGAAUGACACAAAUCCCUGCAAUGUUAUUCGACAAUAUGAGUGGACGGUCGCAAGAGGAUUCAAGGCUCCAGAUGGAUACCAGAAGGAAGGCUUGUUUAUUAACGGACAAUUACCAGGGCCUUUGAUUGAAGCCAACUGGGGCGAUACAAUUCAAGUUACUAUCCACAAUAAUAUCUCAGAUCCGGAAGAUGGAACUGCUUUUCACUGGCACGGAAUUACACAGACUGGUUCUCCAUGGAUGGACGGUAUUCCUGGUGUUCAACAAUGCCCUAUUCCGUCCGGAAAGUCCUUUACAUAUACCUUUACAGCUGAUUUAUAUGGCACUAGCUGGUAUCAUUCUCACUACUCAGCCCAAUACGCCGAUGGUUUAUUUGGACCUCUGAUUAUCCACGGACCCAAGACCAUCGAGUACGACAUUGACAAAGGACCUAUCAUACUCAGCGACUACUUCCACGCCACCUCUUUAACCCUUGAAGAACUCGCCUUAGGAACCGACGAAAGCACAGUCGUUCCAUUCUCGAAUAAUAAUCUUAUCAACGGCCGCAACAGCUUCAAUUGCUCGAGAACCGCCGCUAACGAUACUACUCCCUGUGAAUCUAACGUGGGAGUUAGUAAGUUUAGAUUCACACCUGGCAAAAGGCAUAGAUUACGCUUGAUCAAUGCAGGUGGAGACGGACAGCAGAAAUUCUCAAUCGAUGGACACAACAUGACGAUUAUCGCAAUAGAUUUUGUGCCAAUCAAGCCAUAUGAUGCUCAAGGUACGCUCUCAUUUUCUCCUCUCUCCUUCGUGUCUCACAUAUCUGGAAUUGUCACGGUGGGCAUCGGCCAACGAGUGGACGUUAUCGUCAAAGGCCUCAACACCACAGGAGCAUUCACCAUGCGCUCAGUCCUCGCAUUUUGCUCAGACGACUACCAACCCUUGGCCACGGCUAUCGUCUACUAUUCUCAUAAGACCUUGGUCUCAAACAGCACUGCUUGGCCCGCACUUAACGACUCCCUCGCCAAUUGCGGCAAUGAUGACAUCUCCCUCAGCGUCCCCUGGUACCCCAUCACCCCCACUGAACCAACCGUAACUCAAGAAAUGGAGAUCGGGCUUACACAAAACGAAACCGGUCACUAUCUGUGGACAAUAAACAACUCCUCCUUCCGCGCUAACUACAACUACCCGGUUCUGCUUCUCUCCAACAAAGGAAACAACUCCUAUCCCGACUCCCCCGAAUGGAACGUCUACAACUUCGGCAACAACGCUUCCAUCCGCAUUGUGCUCGUGAACCCCGGCUUCGCAGUCCACCCCAUGCACAUGCAUGGGCACAAUUUCUUCAUCCUCGCCGCGGGCCCCGGCGAAUGGGACGGCAGCACUAUCGUCAACCCCCUCAAUCCGAUCCGACGGGACACACUUCUCAUCCCUGCAUACAGCUACACCGUCAUCCAGUUCGAAGCCGACAACCCCGGCGCCUGGCCGUUCCACUGCCACAUCGCAGCGCACGUGGCCGGUGGUCUAUACGUGACCAUUCUUGAACGUCCGGAUGAGAUUGCCAAGAUAAAGAUCCCUGAUAUAAUGGCGCAGACGUGCGAGGAUUAUGUUGAGUGGCAGCAACGUAUGGUUGUGGAUGAGAUUGAUUCCGGGGUGUGAGCUGAGCUACUCUUUAGCUACUAAAUCGUCAAUAGGUCCAGCCCUAACGAUUAUACUUUAAUUCGGAG